UAUUAAAUAUGGCUGACUCUGCAACGGCCGGUGCUUCUCGUGGACGUGGUGGUUUUGGACGUGGUCGUGGACGUGGCGGUGCCCGUGGACGUGGACGUCGUGGUGAAGACAAGAACGAAUGGGUUCCUGUUACCAAGCUCGGUCGUCUCGUCAAAGCUGGUAAGAUCAAGUCCAUUGAAGAAAUCUACUUGUUUUCUUUACCCAUCAAGGAAUAUCAAAUCGUCGAUUAUUUCCUUCCCAAAUUGACCGAUCAAGUUAUGAAGAUCAUGCCUGUUCAAAAGCAAACUACUGCUGGUCAACGUACUCGUUUCAAGGCUUUCGUUGUCAUUGGUGAUGAAAACGGUCAUGUUGGUUUGGGUGUUAAGUGUGCUAAGGAAGUUGCUACUGCCAUUCGUGGUGGUAUCAUCCUUGCUAAGCUCUCCAUUAUCCCCGUUCGUCGUGGUUACUGGGGUACUAACCUUGGUGAGCCUCACACUGUUCCUUGUAAGGUCAGUGGUCGUUGUGGUUCCGUUAUGGCUCGUUUGGUCCCUGCUCCUCGUGGUACUGGUAUCGUUGCCUCUCCCACUGCUAAGCGUGUCCUUCAAUUGGCUGGUAUCACUGAUUGUUAUACCACCUCUCGUGGUUCCACUCGUACCCUCGGUAACUUUGUUAAAGCUACCUUCGCUGCCAUUGGUAACACUUAUGGUUUCUUGACUCCUGAUCUUUGGGAAGAAACUGAAUUCAUUAAGGCUCCUUACCAAGAAUUCUCUGACUUCCUUUCUCAGAAGCAAAGAAAGUAAAUGAUUAAAUUUUUUUUUGUUUAUUAAAAAGAAAUAAAUAGUGCUUUUUUUUAAUAAGGA